AUGGCCAAGGCGCUAAAUCUCGAAGAUGAUUCUACAUUCAUAUGUUACACUCUUGGCACGAAGAAAUCCGAUUAUGGGAAGAUCAUUGCUACUGAUGUACAAAUCGCAACAGCUAUUCCGUCUUUGCGGGUAUCUCGAAAGCGUGGAGCGGAUGGCAGAAAUGUCAGCUACCCUGUGCAUGCCCGUUGGUUAUUGGCAAACCCCAGAAAGGCGUUACAAAACUUUGCUCAAGCUACCAUCUCGCCUGUGCUCCUAGCAGAUUAUCUCUCCACUAUAGUGAACAAAGGAAUUCGAAAUACGGGCCCAUGUCGAGACAACAACGAUCUACAGUAUGGUGGUCAAAUUCCUGGCCUACAACUUUGCGUGUUCCCUUUUCAUUUCCCUGUGAAUCUUUGCAAGUCGCUGUUUGCUUUCAGCCUAGCGGCUGAUGUCUAUGAGAACUUACAGGGGGCGACCAUCCCGCUAACUCUCGUCAACAAGCCAUUAUAUGAAUCUCGCUGGCUGCCGAGCCCCUUCUACCAGGAGUCUAAACUCAGGAACCACACUAUUGGCAAGUGGUUCGACUAUAGCGAGCCUGCUGUCAUUCCCGCCAAACCGCAACCACUGGACCUAGCGAAGACGUUCCCGUGCAUCGCGCGUUUUGAAAACGGUACAAGUGACGUUGAUCUAGCCGAUCUAGAAUCUGCACUCGCCUUAGCCUCUGGUGAGUCGAUCCUCGUGGCCGCGAUUGUUCUAUCGGAUCCAUUUGACAGUCCUGCCCCACAUUCUAUACGACGUAUUGUCGGAAUCAUUGGACGCCCGGGGAUCAGUAUACUAGUGGCACCUCAGCAUCCGAAGAUCCGCAAGCCCACUGACUCGUUCAACGUUAUUUCACACUUACCUUAUGACUUUCUCCGUGACAAUUUCCGGAGUACAUCACUGCAUCUCUCAUUCACCGAGUGGAAAUUGCCACUCUCCGAUGACGAGGAGCAAACGAUUGAUCAGGAUGUGAUGAUGGUGGAAUCUGUUAUUUCAGUCCUUGACCGUGCUCUCGCGAAUUGCGACCCUUGUUCGGGACAUGAGCCGGCCGCCAACCAAAGUCCCACCGGCGACAUUGCCCAUAGUGAUUAUUUCUCAGUGGAUAACUGGGAUGAGCUUUUAGAUGCCCCGGAGGUUGGGAUUGUUCGUGCGCAUGGGAACUGGGCGGCUCGUCUCGCGGCAGUGAGUAUUCUGUACCAGCAGGGACAAGGCCACAGUAUCGGAGUCUUUGGCCCGGAGAAAGUUUGCUUUCAAUGCUUCCAGGCGCAACAGAGUCAUAUCGAUUCUGAUCUUUUCGAGGAGAAUGAAGCGCUCCUACCUUCCUUUUGUAUAGAUUGA